GGUUCUGUCUCGACAUCCCUCGUUUGUACUUUUCGCAACCUUCUUUCCUUUCAUCCAAUCCUAAGUUUGCUUUAUCCAAUUCGUUUAUCUAUUUUUAUUUCUGUCGGAUCGAUUAGUUGAGUUGAACAAAAAGAAACAGAGCAGGGAGGGAGGGAUGGGUUGUAGAGAUCUGAUCAGCAGUCUGCCAGACGAGGUUCUCGGGAAGAUCCUGUCCUUCCUUCCGACACAUAUCGCCGCUUCCACAUCGGUUCUGUCCAAAAGAUGGAGGAAUCUUCUCGCGCUUGUAGACAAGCUUGAUCUGUGUGACGCAAGUGGUGGUCCUCUAGGCUUCCCUGAGUUCGUGGAAAAAACACUUGCUCUCUUUAAAAACUCUCCACUCAUCAAGACGUUCCAUCUUAACUGCGAGCACAAGCACGAAGAGUCUCGUGUGGACGGUUGGAUCCGCACUGCCCUGGAGCUCGGCGUCUUGGAGGAGCUUCGCUUGGAGACCGUAGGUAUGUAUCUUAUAGAGACUGAGUUCUUCACGAGCAACACACUGGUUGACCUCACGAUAUGCGAUGGAUUCUACCCCGCCGGUCGCCUCCCCGCUGGUGAAGUCUUUUUCCCAGCCCUCAAAAGACUCUCUCUCUUCUCCGUGGCGUUUGCAGAUUGCGACAUGUACGAGGAUCUCGUCCUUGGGUGCCCUGUGCUCGAGGAACUGUUCCUACACUAUCCUGAUGAUAACAAUCCCCCGGCUUGGGCAGGGAUCGUCUCUAGCCCUUCCAUCAAGCGACUGACCAUCUAUCACGAGUAUCCCGAUUACCGUGAAGUUUAUGACUCUCUUCUGCUCUACACGCCCAGUCUUUUGUACCUUGACUACUCUGGUUAUGUUGCGGAUAAGUAUGAUGUUGAUUUUGAUUCCCUUGUUGAAGCAAGGCUUGAUCUUCGUCCUUGGGAGCCACUUACAGACAAGGAUGAUGAUGAUGAUGAUCGUAGUAGUAGUAGUGAUUGUGAGGAUGAUACAACAGACGAUGAUGAUAGUGAUUUUGAGGAUUAUGCAGAUUCUUUUAAUUCUUGGGAUGUUACCGGCCUGCUUACAAGUAUAAGCAAUAUCAAGACCCUUCACUUGUCUUCGGCUUCUCUUGAGGUCUUUCACUUUUACUGUGAAUCAAUGCCAGUCUUUCACAACCUCCUUACUUUAUCAUUUGAGAGUGACAAAGACAAAGGAUGGCAAGUGGUGCCUCUUCUUCUCAACAGCUCUCCAAACCUACAAACUCUAGUCAUCAAGGGCCUUGUGCACAAAGUUACAGAUAGAUGCGGGGACGCCUGCAUCUGCAUCCCUAAGAAGAAGAAGAAGGAAGAUGGAGUACCAUGCUGUUUAUCCACAUGUCGAGUCAAGAUGUUAAACAUUUCAGGGUAUUUAGGAACUUGUAGAGAGCGGAAACAGUUAAGUCAUUUCUUGGCGACUUUGAAAUGUCUUGAGACUGUCAAAGUUGGUGUUGAAGUUGAUAACCAACAAGAGAACCAUAUUCAUAAUAGAUACAUGGGAAUCAUCAAUGCUCUUAUCAAUCUUCCAAGAGUUUCGCCAAACUGUCAGCUCCAGUUCUUCUGAUUUCUCUUUUCUCCUUUUAAAAAAAAAUUAUUUCGUCAGUCUGUUUAUUUGAUUGUCACAACACAUUUGUAUUGAACUCUACUUUUUUUAUGUAAUCAUAGCUGUUUUUGCAUGAAAUCACAUAAAUGUACGAC